CCAGCUACCACUCUCUUUCCCACAUCACAUCCUCCUCUCUCUCUUCCUCAUUGGACCACCACUCUCUUAUCCACAUCAACCCCACCUCUUGCUCUCUCCUCUCCAGUGAGCCACCACUCUUUAUCCCUUCUGUUGCCACCGACGAGCUCGUAUCUGAGGAUUUCAGUUUUUAAUUUACCUCGCUAAUCCUCAAUCCCUCUUCCACCUCUAUGAGCCUAGUCGUCAGCCUGCUUCCAUCCUCUCACAGACUCAAUGUAGUCGUCUUUUUUUUUUUGAAAGUAAGAAUACUUUAUAGUGAUGGAAACACCAAGGGAAGAAUGUCCCAGAUCAGCUAUGUUGACGUCUUUGAGAAUAGAUUUGACCGACACAAAAAAAAUCUUUACAUCGUCUUGAUAAGUCUUCAUGGUUUGAUACGUGGUGAAAACAUGGAUUUUGGUCGGGGUUCUGAUAUUGGUGGACACGUGCAGUAUGUUGUGGAAUUUGCACGGACAUUGGGCUCAAUGCCUAGAGUCUAUCGUGUCGAUUUGUGUUGACCAGAAAGAUAUCCGCACAAGAAUGAGAUAGCAGCGACUCUGAAACGAAUUAAAUGCUAAAUCCUUUGGACACAGACAGCAUAAAGCAGGAGCAUGGAGAGAAUAGUGGAGCUUAAAUGAAAUUUUAUCUUAGCAUGGAACAAAAUAUAUAAUAUGAUUCUACUUUAUACGAAAGUCUUCUUCAGCAAUGAGUCAAUGAGAAACCGACACACACUGUUUUUCAGCAAGAAGAGGCAAAGAUGGGGAAAAGCUUGCA